GGGGGCUCGGUCCCGGGCCGCUGUCGGGCCGGCGUGGGGAGCCCGGACUCGCCCACCCGGGAGGGGGGGCCUGGGCGGCUCGCCUCCAGGAGUGACGGGCGCUCUGCAAGUCCGCUGAUUUCCUCCCCUGUGUGGCAACAGGCGUUUAAAGACACCGGCAAGACUCCCGUGGAGCCGGAGGUGGCCAUUCACCGCAUUAGGAUCACCCUGACCAGCCGCAACGUGAAGUCCCUGGAGAAGGUCUGUGCUGACCUGAUCAGAGGCGCCAAGGAGAAGAACCUCAAAGUGAAGGGGCCGGUCCGGAUGCCCACCAAGACUCUGAGAAUAACUACAAGGAAGACUCCUUGCGGUGAAGGUUCUAAGACUUGGGACCGUUUUCAGAUGAGGAUCCACAAGCGGCUCAUUGACUUGCACAGCCCUUCUGAGAUCGUCAAGCAGAUCACUUCCAUCAGCAUUGAGCCCGGAGUCGAGGUUGAAGUCACCAUUGCAGAUGCUUAAAUCAGCCUUUUUAAUAAAUUGAUACUGUUGUUAA